AUGACGCGUUUCAUUUUGGCACUCAUAUGUUUCUUCCUCGCGUCGAUGGAUGUCUCGCUCAGUCAGCUGUCCAAACGUGGAAGAACCGAACAAAAUUCAGCGGACAAGUCCUGCAAGCAUCACAGUCACGACAUGGAAAAGAAUCAUUCCAUCAAGUUUGUAUUCUCAUGGAACGAACAUCCGACAGAAAACUUGAAAAUUUUCAGACCGGAGAAUAAGAAUAAACGUUUAGGUACCGGCACCGAUGGCCAUCAUUUUUAUGCCUCGUUCAACAAGGUUGAUUUGCACGCAACAGGUCCCGGCAGAUUAUCCGGAGAAGUUUUCAGAAUCACCUUCACCUUGCUCUCGGCAUUGAUCUUGAUCACCAUACUGCUGACCAUCAACUUGAUGGUCAUCAUGCUCUGCAUCGCGGCCAUCACGUCGACAUCAACCGCACCGGCGCACGCUCAGCCGCAACCAACAAUGUAA